CCUUUGAGCGACGGUUUCCGCAACGUCACGCGCGUAUCUCUCAGUGCAAUUUACGAGAGUUGUGAACAUCGACAUGGUACGACCAGUAUCCAGUAUGCCGUACUGGCAAGGCCUCAUCGUCACUGUUCUAUCUGUCUCGCAGCUCGCCACCUUCGGUUUUGCGCAAGAUGCUGCUUCGUCCACACCAGUUGUGACUUCUUCACCGUCCAUCACCUCGGCGAACACACCGAGUUCCACCAGUUCAGCACCGCCCCAGAUACACACAAUCCAAGUCGGACUGGCAGACCACAAGAUGAAGCCUGAAGUCACCGUCGCGAAUGUUGGGGAUAUCGUAGAGUUCCGUUUCUACCCUCUAAACCACAGCGUCGUACGCGCAGAAUUUGAAUAUCCGUGCAUCCCGUACGAGAUGACGGGGUCAAGCAAAAAGGGCUUCCACUCGGGUUUCUUCCCAGUAGACAAAGUCCUCCCCAAUCCACCAAUGUACAGCAUAGACAUAAACGACACGCUCCCCAUAUUCUUCUACUGCUCCGCCCCCGGCUCCUGCAUAACCUACGGCAUGGUCGGCGUCAUCAACCCCCCAGCCAACAACAGCAUCGACCGCCAACGCCAACUCGCGCUCGACAGCAGCUACAUGCUCCAACCAGGCGAGCCCUUCCCCGCCGAAUCCCCCUUACCGUCAAACCUCCCCCCAUCCAUACCCUCCUCCCUGCCCACCACCACCAGCAACCAAGGCGAAAAAGCCUCAAAGCACGGCCUAGCAGCCGGCGCCAUCGCCGGCAUCGUCGUAGGAAGCGUCGCUCUCCUACUCCUCGGCGCCCUGCUAUUCUACUUCUGGGGCCGCAAUAAAGCGCUCAAAGACGAGGUGGACCGCACGCAAUCCACUAUACACCGACGCAUGAGUCCCGUCCCCACGGCUGGGUUUCCCAUCCAUCACCAUCACCAGCAACAAAUGCAGAGUAGUCAAAGCGCGCCGCUCAAUGCGCAGAACCCGUCUUCAACGGUCUACCAGCACUACACCCCUCAGAAAUACACAAACGCUUCCGUGGCUCAAACGCCUACCCCCCCUCCCCCUCCGUCUUCGCUAGCCCACCCGUCUUACCCACAUAUGCAUACACACUCACCCUCCCCCCCACCAGGCAUGCACUUCAUCCCGCCUCCCCCCCACCACCUCCAACACACGCCCACGCACACGCGGGACCAAAGCCUAGAAAUAAGUCCCAUGAUGGGGUACCACGACACGCACAGCCACAACGCGUCGCACUCGCGGACGCCGACGCUGGAGAGCGGUGCCCCGUGGUCGGCGGCGCCGACGUAUGUGCAUUACGGCGAGGGCGUUGUGCCGGCGCCGGCGUACGAGGAGAAUGCGCAUGCGGCGGCGCUGGCGCAGGAGCCGGUGGAGAUGGAUGGGGAGGGGCGGGCGGUGGGGGGGAGGGAGAGGGGGGGCGAGGAGGCGGGGAAGAGGGAUUCGUUUGGGAGGGGGUGA